CUCGUUGGAUUACAGAUAAAUCUAUAAGUUGCAUCAUAAACUCAUGCCCAAAUUUACGAAAUCUUGAUAUUGCAUAUAGUAAGGGGGAUGUCAAAGAUGCUAGUAUGUUAAUACAGAGAUGUCUCAGCAUAGAGUAUCUUGACUUUAGUGGGGCCAUGGCUUUGUGGAAUGAUGAAUUGAUUAUAGCUAUCAUCAAAGGAUCUCCGAAUUUAAGACACUUAGAGAUCAAUGGUAAUGAAAUCACUGAUAAGGUUACUGAAGCACUGGCCCAUUCUUGUCAUAAAUUAGAAUAUCUUGAUUUGGGUUGCUGUGAUUUUGUUAGUGAAUCAUCAAUUUGUAAUGUUUUACGUUCCUGUCCAAAGAUCCAACAUCUUAACCUUAGUUGCUGUAAUAUUACCAGUAUGACUAUCAAAGAAAUUGCUCGCUCAUGUCUCAAUUUAAAAUUUCUAGAUUUGGAUGA